UAUUUAAUUUUUUUGCGGCGUCUUCACGUCACACACAGAGGCAGCGAGACACAGAUACAGUCAGUGUCGGCAACUCGGGCCGUAGUCAGUAGUCAGCUGUGUGCGGGCUCUUUGCUAGGCGGUGUUUGUUUGUGUCGCUGUCCAGAUACAGAUACUCGUACUUAGACCGCAAUCGCAGUCGCACAGCAGCAGCAGCAGCGGCAGCAGCGACGUCAACUGCGUCACUGGCAGCGCAGUCGGCGGCAAGCUGACGUUAACGUUAACGUUAACAUAAGCACUUGGCAGCUAACUUGGCUGUAAAUGCUGCCCGCUACGGAGCGCUUUUAAUUGUUGUAAACAAGCGCGCGCGUUCGGAUUAAACUUAAAAAUAAUAAAAAUUCUAAAGAAUAUAUCAAAAUAAAAAAAACAAGAUUUUUAUUGGAAUAUUCUCUUUAAGCGAAAUUACAAAUCAGCCGCGAGUUGUUUUCGAAGACAAACAUUUGUUGGUAGAGGUCAUGAAGUGUGCCUGAAUUUGUUUUGCUGUGGCCCCACAUCAAAAGUAUUUAUGCAAAUUAAUUAAUGCCGGGCAAGCAAUGGAAUCGGCGCCAAAGAAAAAACCGAAACAAAUUUCAAAUUGAAAGUCUACAGAAAUUGUUUAUAAUUUGUGUCGCGAUCAAAACAAACAAAAUAUAGAGCGAGCAACACCAGUACCGAAAUCGACAUCAACAGCUAAAAUCGAGCCCGAGUUACGAAUCACAAGUCAGAUACUUCAUUUAGAAACGUUUAUUGCUAAGAUAAAUUCAGCAAGGAGUUUAAUAGCCACUAUCAAUAUUUGUACAACAAAUAAGCAACGAGAGCGACCGAGCUGAGUGCGAGGCGACGUAUAAUGUCGUAGCCAUAAGAUACGGACGAAAUCGUAGCAGCAACAGCAGCAGCCGCCACCGCAGAUGCGUAUGGCGAAUUAACACAAAAGCGUUAAUACAAUUAGUUUAAAAGUGAAAAAUCUCAUAUAUAUUAUAUAUAUAUAAAUAUAUAAAUGUACACACACAUAAAUGCGAUUCGAAACGAAACGGCGAAAAAAAACUGUUAACUAAAUAAUAAAAUUGAGAAAAAUACGCAGCGAGGCUGUCGACAAAAAGCGCCACAACAAAUUUGCAACUUUACACUCGUCGUCGGUUUUCAGUCGCGAAAUGAAGCCACAGCCUCAAAGCUGAACCACAGAACGCGUGUGCCACCACAUACAGAAAUAUCAUAACAACAACAACAGCAGCAACAACAACAGCGGCAGCUAGUGAAAAAUAUUGUUGAAACAUGGUCGAGUUACUCAAGGCGCUCAAUUUGACGGGCAAUUUGCUGGCAGGCCUUGAAGACAGCAGCCUUGAGAAUGUGUCAAGUCCCAUUGCAGUGAUCACUGCUGCGGAGCCCAGUAUCAAUGGCACGGCCUUGAAUGUUACCACAACCACGACGACAACCACCACGCUGGCCAAUGCCACCAGCAGCGCCGAGAAACUCCAAUUGGACGGCUUCGAUCUGCCGGGCAACUAUUCCAUACUGAUUAAUAAGUUGGAGCAAUUGGCGCUGGGCCUGGAUUCGGCUCUGGGAAACUUUACUAUCGAUCGCCAGGAAGUGGAGAUCAACUUGAGUGGCGCCUCCGCCAAUGAUGUGGCCGAUGUAGCCGAUGAUUUGAUCUUCAACGACGUCUUGCCCGCUGCACGUGCGCCAACGCCACACAUAGCGCACGGCUCGCGGAUUUACACCGGCGAAGAAGAGGAUUUCGCGCAUGUUGUGAGCGAUAUUUGGAUCGGAGUCAUCCUCACGCUGCUCAUUGUGUUUGUGAUAUUCUUCAUCUGCGCGUGCUUUUUGUAUCACAAGUUUCAACAGUGGAAGAACUCAUAUCGUGCCAAUCAUGGUGAAUCCACCAUUGACGUCUGCCGCCAUUGCCCGCCUGAAUAUGAAGCCGAAUCGCUGCCCUCAUAUACCAUUGUCUCCGGUCUGCCCACCUACGAUGAUGCACUCGAGGAGUUCCGCAAAGCGGGCAUUAUACUAACGCCUGCCUUUGUGCCCGUCAUCAAGAUCUUCGAGAACGUCAACAAUGAGACUGGCGGCGCCAAGGAGCCAGCCGUUUCCUAUAGCCUGGUUGAGAGCACCGCAGCCGAUGUGAAUGUGGAUAACAUUUCAAUUACCUCCAUCACCUGCAAUUGCGGUGGCAGCUCGCCCACUGGCUCCCUGCCCAGUUACAGUGCCGCCACAGCAGCUGCCAUGGCAGCGGCCGGCGCCAGUGGCUCGCAGCUCACCUCGCAGGUAAUUGAGCUGUCACCAGAGCACCUGGCCUCGCUCUCCGAGAAGCGCCUUUCGUUGCAGAUCUCAUUCAACAAUUCGCUGCGUCGCCGCUCCCGCUCCACGUUGCGUAACCACUUGCUGCGCUCCCGCGCUGUGGGGAACACCGCCGGCCUCGGACCCAUUGAGACAACGAUGCCCAACGUCACAAUUGCCACUGGCACAGCGCCAGGACCGGCCAGGGACAGUGACGUGCUGCCGUCCAUACAUCGAUCCUCGUCGUCGGUGUCACUGUCCAGUGAGCGCCAGCUGCUGGAUCAGCGCUUGAGGCAUUUGCACCAUCGUGGCUCCUUGUACUGAGGAGCGCUGCCAAUGCCACACGCUCAAAUUUCAAUUACUUAAUUCCUAGUUAUAAGCGACGACAACAA